CACCAACGGUGUAAACAACUAGUCUGUGACUAGUUUGGCAAGUUGCUUUUAGUAAUAUCUCAAGGUUCCGCUCGUUCGCAUCAGGAGGAUCGUCUGUACAUAGACUCAGCAUCACCCUCAAGGUUUGAAUCAGCCCACGAUGCCUGGAUGGGAGGAAGCCACCGCUGUACAGCAACUUUCCAGAAACACAUAUUCGUGCGUAUUACACGACGAGUGGUGUAUCGGUAGCGUUCCUAACGGCGGUUACGUUACCGGGUGUGUACUUGAGGUCGUGAAGACGCAUUUCAGCACCUCCUUAGCAAAGCAGAACCAGCCCCACACGAUAGCCCUGCAUAUCGAGUUUUUGCGACGGACUCAGACUGGCCCUGCGACGUUCAAAGUAGAUGAUGUUAAGCUCGGCCGACAAACCUCGAUUGUGCAUGUGAGCAUGGAGCAGGAUGGUCGCCAAGAGGUUAUUGCCUAUGCGACCAAUUCGAACAUCGACGCCGAGGAGGGCUUCUGUUUUGAUACACAGUAUAGGCUAACACCACCGCCUCCUUCAAUCGACCUGGCCAAGUUGGAACAGGAUGCAGACCCAAAUUGGAAGAGACAAGCGGAGAUGCCCUUUGCGAAGUUCAGGAAGGCAACCCAGAGGAUCAACUUCCACUUCCCUCGGAACGGACAAGCACACCUGAGCCUUGCUGAUGAAUGGAUCUGCUGGUCCGAUGGAACAAAUUUUACGAACACAUCAGUCGGUUUCGUAGCAGACAUGUUUCCUCAGAUUAUCGAGUCGUUUCGUGAUCAGAGUCAGGGUCCGUUCUGGUAUCCGACACUACUUUUAAACCUGGACGUCAAGAAGUCGCUUCCGCCUGAGGGAGUGAAGUGGUUGCAAAUCAGGGUCGAGAUGAAGAGGAUCAUAAACGGGAGGAUGGACCUGGAGGUGUUUGUGCACGACGCUGAAGGAGAUCUGGUGGCCCUGAGCCACCACGUUGGAUUCGUAGUGAACGCAUCGAGAAACACAGCUGUGAGGAGGAAGCCAGAUGCCAAGAUAUAGAGAUUAGAAUAAACUACAUUGAUUUACGGUAUUGAUGACGAGUUCGC